AUGUCGCCUUCCAAGAGCGCAGACGAAUCGACGGUACCCGUCCUCAAGAACCUCACGAUAGAAAACAUUACAGAAAACGUGCACCGCAUAAACUCGCAAUGCAGCGAUCCACGGCUCAAAUACGUCAUGGAGCGUCUGGUAACCCAUCUGCACGACUUUGCACGCGAGACACGCCUCAGUUUCGAUGAAUGGAUGGCAGGAAUCCAAUUCCUGACACAAGUAGGCCAGAUAUGUACAGACGUGCGACAAGAAUUCAUUCUCCUCUCCGACAUUGUCGGUCUCUCCCUCCUCGUCGACUCAAUCGAUCACCCAAAACCCCCUUCCUCAACCGAAGGCACGGUCCUUGGUCCCUUCCACACGCACGACGCCCCUUCCUCUGCACCAGGCGCCAAAAUCUCGGCCGACCCCUCUGGCACACCUCUGCUUGUCCUCUGCACCGUAAAAACCACAUCCGGGGCCCCAAUAUCCGGCGUCAAAAUCGACGUCUGGGAAACGGAUUCCAACGGCAAGUACGACGUGCAAUAUGAGGACCGCGGCGACAAGGCUGAUGGCCGCGCGGUGAUUAUGAGUGACGACGAGGGUGUGUUUUGGUUCAAAGGAAUUGUACCCGUGCCGUAUCCAAUUCCGAAUGAUGGGCCUGUAGGCAAGUUGCUGGAGAAGUUGGGAAGGCAUUGUUGGAGACCGAGUCAUAUGCAUUUCAUGUUUGAGAAGGAGGGCUUUGAUCAUUUGGUUACUGCCUUGUAUGUCCGCGGUUCCGCAUAUGAAACCUCUGACGCUGUCUUUGGUGUCAAGGACUCGCUCAUUGUCGGCUUGGACACGGUAACGCCCCAGCAGGCGAAGCAGUAUGAUGUAGCCGAGGGAACCAAACUGCUUACAUACGACUUUGUGCUUGUAACGGAUGAAGAGACGAAGCAGUUGAGGCAUGAUGAGGCGGUUAAGGCGAUGAAAUCGCUGGGGCGGGAAGGUAUGAUGAUUGUGAAUGGGUUGCCUGUUCCGGAGGUUGAUUAG